AUGGUUGUUCACAAAGCAACUCCAGACACAUUUGAAACUGUAUUGAUGGAAUUUGACAACGAAUCAACACGACGUGAAGUGACUGUCGGGAAAGACAUUGUCAAAACAACAUCGGAACUAAUUGAAACAGGGAACAAAAUGGCUCAGAAAUCAGUUAUUGUUACUCAGCAGAGGUACAUUAUUCCGGUGUAUAUUGAUGAUAAUGGACCAAAUUGUCAAUACCAAGCCUUCAGAGGAGCAAUGAAAUACGCGAUUCAAGAAAACCUAACUCUCGUAGAAAUGUUUUUCUUUAACCAUUGGACAGCGGGUAAAUCUUAUGAAGGUAUACAAUUCCUCAAUGAAACAUUUCAAGAAGAUAAAAUAAGAGAAAUUGUGGACUUGAUCAGUGUUGACAAGUUUCGAGAAAUGUGUAAUCAAAGAGUUGACAAAGUUAUAUUUACUGGUGGGUGUGAAUUGUCUGGAAAGUUGAGAGAAACGUACACGACCAUACGAAACAGGUUUGUUUCAUCAUAUGAUAUACAUCUCCCAAAGAUUCAGAAACAUUCAAUAAUACAAGCGAAUGGGGAAGCUUUUCUAAAUGUCUCUGAUGGGAACGAGUGUCUGGCGCUGUUUGCGCCGGGCAGGUUUUGCAAAGUAUCGGUACCAAAAAAGCUUGAGAAUGAAAUAGAUUUACAUUUAUUGAGAACCAAAGAAAUCGUCCGUUUAGCAGACGUAAUCUCGGAAAGAAUAUGUGAUGGUGGUCCAUAUUUAGCAAUGCACUGGAGGAACAAGACAGGUGAACAAUGUGCGCACAGACACAUACAAUGUUACAAGAGAAUGGCUAUAAGCAAAACAGCUUCUGUAGUGGCCGAACAUGUUAAACAAUUUAUGAAUCAAAGAAACCUACAAUGUGUAUAUGUAGCAUUUCCUCCAUUUAGCGUAGAAAUUAUAGAAAGGUUGAAUGAUGCAAAUGUUGUCAACCUUGUUACAAGAGAGAAUAUAACACGCCUAUCGUAUCCAGUGAAAAUCCGAGAUGAGAUAAGAUUAGAUAACUACCAUGUUGCACUUUUGGAGCAAGAAAUCUGUAGUCGAUCAUCGGUGUUCUUAUAUUCUGGUUCUUCGUCGUUUUCAAGAAUGAUUGAUGCAUACUGUAGAAGUGUUGGGUUAGUUAUAGCUGGUUAUUAUCAAGGAAAUGAACACAUAUAUGAUUCAACGUUAAAUCCAAUAGCAUUGAAGAUAGUAGACAAGAUUAAAGACAAUUCUGUAGAUGCAUGUUUGUUUAUGAUUGAUAACCAAAAAAUGUCCUCAAGCUGUAGUGAGGUAGCAUUGAAAUUAUUCACGUUUAAUGAAAAUAAAAGUGAGUGGAAACAAAAAGAAAUGGAAUCGAGCGUUGCACUCGAAGAUGAUGAGAAAUGCCUUGCAGUAUCAGCUGAUUUAUUGAGAUCAAAAUUAUACAGAGAUUUAUCUGAUUUUGAUAAUCAUUUAGAUGAUAUUUCAUUAGAUUGGUUAAAUCCAGAUAUUAACAGUCUUAUUAAUCAGUGUUUAUAGUGAAUGUUACAUUUUGUAGUAAUACUACCUCCAUGUUGUCAAUGUAUUAUAACGUCACUUUCCUUUCUGUAUUUUUUUUGUACCUGCCAAGCACAAAGUCUUCUGUAUUAAAGUAGGUACCAACAAAAAAAA